CUGGGAGCCUGCAGUUGACAGCUUUGCAGGAGGGGAAGUGAAAUGAUAAAAUUAAUGACUUCUUCAAGAUGAGUAAAGCAAAAGCAACAGCAGACAAAUGCCUGUCAAACAAUUCCCGGAUUCAGAGUCUUUUAUCCCAGCUGGAAAAGGUCAAUGCAGAACCUCUAUUAUUUGACUCCGAUAACACAAGAUAUGUUACUGCAAAGAUUCUUCACUUGGCACAAACUCAAGAAAAAACCCGAAAAGAAAUCGCAGCCAAAGGUUCAACUGGUAUGGAAGUGAUACUUUGUACGCUUGAGAACACCAGGGAUCUACAAACUAUACUGAAUAUUUUAAAUAUUCUGAAUGAACUGGCAUCAACUGCUGGUGGCCGUCGAAUCAAUGCCUUGAUAUCAAAGGGUGGCUCCCGGAUACUGUUACAACUUCUUCUAAGUGCCAGCAAGGAGUCCUCUUCAAAUGAAGAGCUAAUGAUGGUUCUUCAUAGCUUACUUGCUAAGGUUGGACCAAAAGAUAAGAAGUUUGGAAUAAAAGCACGUGUUAGUGGAGCAUUAAACAUAUCCUUGAAUUUGGUCAAACAGAAUUUGCAAAAUCCAAGGCUAAUCCUUCCCUGUCUGCAAGUGCUACGUGUCUGUUGUAUGAAUUCUGUGAACUCUGUAUACCUGGGGAAAAAUGGAGCUGUGGAAAUCCUCUUUAAGUUAAUUGGACCAUUUACAAGGAGGAACACAGGCCUCAUAAAGGUAUCUUUAGAUACUUUUGCUGCUUUGUUAAAAUCAAAAACAAAUGCCAGGAAAGCUGUUGACCGGGGAUAUGUCCAGGCACUGUUAUCCAUAUAUACAGACUGGCAUCGCCAUGACACCAGGCACAGACACAUGCUGAUCAGGAAAGGAAUAUUACAGUGCCUUAAAAGCAUUACAAAUAUCAAAAUAGGUAGAAAAGCUUUUAUUGAUGCUAACGGCAUGAAAACUCUGUACAACACAUCCCAGGAAUGCCAGGCUGUUAGAACAUUAGAUCCACUUGUCAACACUUCAAGCUUAAUUAUGAGAAAAUGUUUUCCAAAAAACCGUCUUCCAUUGCCUACAAUCAAAAGUGCUUUCCAGUUUCAACUCCCCAUCAUGCCUACAAGUGGACCUGUUGCUCUUCUUUACAGUAUGCCCCCAGAAGUGGAUGAUGUGGUAGAUGAGAGUGAUGACAAUGACGACACUGAAGCAGAGACAGAAGCUGAGGCAGAAAAUGAAGAAAGUGACCAGCUCUGUAAGAAUGAUGAUAUAGAAACAGAUAUUACUAAGCUUAUACCUGGACAAGAAUUGGGACGGACGUUGGAGGAUUUAAAAAUGUACGAGCGCUUUUUCCCAGAGUUGACAGAAGAUUUCCAGGAAUUUGAUCUGGUUUCAAAUGAACCAAAACCUGGAGCAAAGCUUGGGCCUAUUAUUGUACCGACUGCUGGAGAGGAACAGCCAGAGGUGCCAAAUAACUUCAUGAAGGAUUUGGAGAAAAGAAGUUGUAAUAUCUCCUUGGAAGAUGAAUGUAAUAAAAGACCAACAUUUCUGGAUAUGCCAAAAAAUGUAACGAACAAAGGGAACGACGGUCUAGGUCAACAGGUUCAUGGGGACAUUGACAGAUCUUGUUACUACUUCAGUAGUGAUAUUGUAAAAGAUCUUGAAAAACUUUCACUGCGCAAACCUUCAGGAAACCACCCUUGCAGAAAUGGAUGUGUUUCAGCUAAAGAUAAGCCUAUUUUUUUGCCUCACCCAUGUAAUAAGUCAACAUCUAAUUCUGGUUCCUGUAGUAACAACUUGUUUGAGAAACAUUCUAUGCACCUCAGCCCAUUGUGUUGCUCUGGAAUUACACCUGAUGAUGAUGAAUCAAGUCCACUGGAUGAACUAGCCAUGAGGGAAAUAACAGACUUUGACAACUUACUACCUCUUCAUGACCCUGACCUUUAUAUUGAGAUUGUGAAAAAUACUAAAUCAGUUCCAGAAUACUCAGAAGUGGCAUAUCCAGACUAUUUUGGCCAUGUGCCUCCAUUUUUUAAAGAGCGCCUUUUGGAAAGACCAUAUGGUGUUCAAAGGUCAAAAAUAUUCCAGGAUAUAGAAAGGAUGAUUCAUCCAAAUGAUAUUAUAGACAGGGUGGUAUAUGACCUGGAUAAUUCAAGUUGCUCUGCACAGGAUGAGAGUGAAGUUCUUAAGUUUAACUCCAAAUUUGAAUCUGGAAACUUACGGAAAGUCAUUCAAAUAAGAAAAAAUGAAUAUGAUCUUAUCCUGAAUUCGGAUAUAAACAGCAACCAUUACCAUCAGUGGUUUUACUUUGAAGUAAGUGGCAUGAGGACAGGCGUUGCUUAUCGAUUCAACAUAAUCAAUUGUGAGAAGUCCAAUAGCCAAUUUAACUAUGGUAUGCAGCCUCUAAUGUACUCUGUGCAGGAAGCAUUAGCAUCCAGGCCUUGGUGGUAUCGUGUUGGCAUGGAUAUCUGUUAUUACAAGAAUCACUUUUCCAGAAGUUCAAUAGCCACUGGAGGUCAAAAGGGAAAAUCAUAUUAUACUAUCACAUUUACAGUAACAUUUCCACACAGAGACGACGUCUGUUAUUUUGCCUACCAUUACCCCUAUACUUAUUCCACAUUAAAGAUGCACCUUAAAAAACUGGAGUCUUUGCACAACCCCCAGCAAGUCUAUUUCCGCCAAGAAGUAUUAUGUGAAACACUAGGUGGAAAUGGAUGUCCUGUAAUCACCAUAACUGCUAUGCCAGAGUCUAACUAUUAUGAGCAUGUUUAUCAGUUCCGUAACCGCCCUUAUAUUUUCCUUUCAUCCCGUGUUCAUCCUGGAGAGACUAAUGCAAGUUGGGUUAUGAAAGGCACUUUAGAAUUCUUAAUGGGUAGUAGUACCAGUGCACAGAGCCUGCGCGAGUCUUAUAUUUUCAAAAUAGUUCCUAUGCUAAAUCCGGAUGGUGUGAUCAAUGGAAACCACCGUUGUUCAUUAAGUGGGGAAGAUCUAAACAGACAGUGGCAAAAUCCGAAUGUCGAUCUGCAUCCUACAAUAUACCAUACCAAGGGACUGUUACAGUACUUGGCAGCUAUAAGACGCACACCUUUGGUUUAUUGUGAUUACCAUGGCCAUUCUCGCAAGAAAAAUGUGUUUAUGUAUGGUUGCAGCAUUAAAGAAACGGUAUGGCACACUAAUGCUAAUGCUGCCUCAUGUGAUAUGGUGGAAGAUAGUGGAUACAGGACACUUCCCAAGGUUUUAAACCAGCUAGCUCCAGCAUUUUCAAUGAGCAGCUGUAGUUUUGUGGUGGAAAAAUCCAAGGAGUCGACUGCCCGAGUUGUCGUCUGGAGAGAAAUUGGAGUCCAGCGAAGUUACACAAUGGAAAGCACGUUGUGUGGUUGUGAUCAAGGAAAGUAUAAGGAUUUGCAAAUUGGAACUAAGGAAUUGGAAGAGAUGGGUGCCAAGUUCUGUGUAGGACUACUUCGUUUAAAGCGACUAACCUCACCUAUGGAACUCACUCUGCCUCCAAGCCUUAUUGACAUAGAAAAUGAACUGAUUGAGUCGAGUUGCAAAGUAGCAAGUCCCACCACUUAUGUCUUAGAGGAUGACGAACCUCGGUUCCUCGAGGAAGUUGACUACAGUGCAGAAAGCAAUGAUGAUGCGGAUCCUGACUUACCAGAUACUAUUGGUGAUUUUGAAAACACUGCAUUGGAGGAAGAAGGAUUUUCGGAUUCGGAGAUCACAAGGACUCACACAAGCGGACAAUCCACAUAACCUUUAAAGGAUAUAUAUAUUUUAGAUUUGAAAGCAUCAUUUAAAGCAUCUUUGCUGCUGUAUUAAAUAUUAAAUAAGCUGCACCCACUCUAUACACCGUGCAGGCUGGAAGCUUACCCCAUUUAAUGUGACAACCUAUUUUUACAAUAAAUGUGGUAAGCUCACUGCUUGCAUGUUAUAUAAAGUGUUUCUGGCUCCUUCAAUACUGUAUGUUACAGUCUAUGACUUAUGCUCUUCAUCUAGGGGGUCUGAACCACCAUUGCAGGAGUGUGUGAUGUGUUGGUUGUGCAGCUGCGUAUACUUGUUGGACAUUGGCUUCUUUUCUGCCUUCAUAAGGAAAAUACCAAAAGCUUAUUUAAGUACUGUAAAUCAAUAAAUGCGUAGCAGGCUUUUGAUGGCUUUA